AUGCCUCGCUACGCCGUUGACCUGAACAACCGCGAGUACAUCAAGCAGAACCAGCUCGCUGCCCUGAACUGGGUUGAGAGCCACACCGGCGCCGGAAACAAUAUUCAGUGGACCACGACCUGCAAGAUCAACGGCGAGGUUCAUGGAACCGGAACUUCUAGUGUGAAGAACACGGCGAAGGAGGAAGCGGCCAGACAGGCCCUCGUCAAGCUCGGGCUCUUGUCUGGGUAG